GGAACCUUUCCUUUUUACAAUAUUUUAAAGAAUAUUUUCAAGAUUUUUUAGGUAACCAAGAAUGGCCGCGGUGGCCCAAUUUCACAUGUUUCCGGCGAACCCCCACCAUAAAACCACCCAAUCGCCGGUUACCCAACUGGGUUUCUGCCGGAGCUCGGUCUUGUGGGAACCGAUCCCACCGUUUUCUGGCCGGAAAGUGUGUUUGCAGCCGUGUAGGUCGUUUAGGAGUGAGGAAGGGAAAAAUGGAGGUGGAAAAGAAAAGGGAAAUACACGAAGAAAUGUAUUGGGAGCUAUCAAGUCUUUGAUCUUGUCGAAUGAUAAUUCGAUGGAAAAAUUGGAAGAGAAAUUAUCAAGGAUUGCUCUUCAUUUUGGGAGAUAUAUUGUGACGAUGAUGAGCACCGGAGUGAUUUUGUCAAUUGGAUUCAAUUUAUCGGGUGGAGAUGGUCAAAUGAACGAUUUAAUUUGGUAUAGUUGGGUUGGAGGCAUUAUCAUUGGAACUAUGAUCGGUUCAAAUAUGGUCUUGGAUGAAGUUAGUCGAGCCGGUCCUCGUAAUGUUGUCAUAACCGGAAGUACUAGAGGGCUCGGAAAAGCACUUGCUCGUGAAUUCCUACUUUCCGGAGAUCGUGUAGUUAUUGCUUCACGAAGUGAAAAAUCCGUAGAUAUGACGAUUAAAGAACUUGAAGAAAACUUGCAAGAAGGUAUGGCAACCGCAAUGAGCUCGUCAAGGAAAAAUUUGGUCAAUGCGAAAGUAGUAGGCACUUCAUGUGACGUAUGUGAUCCUGAAGAUGUUCGGAAUUUGGCGGACUUUGCCGUCAACGAACUCGGUUCCAUUGACAUUUGGAUAAACAAUGCCGGGACUAACAAAGGUUUCAGACCGUUGUUGCAGUUUACCGACGAAGAUAUAAAACAGAUUGUGUCAACAAACUUGGUCGGGUCGAUACUUUGCACCCGUGAAGCCAUGCGUGUCAUGAGCAACCAACAUAAAGCAGGUCAUAUUUUUAACAUGGACGGUGCUGGCUCCGGUGGAUCAAGCACACCUUUGACAGCCGUAUACGGUUCGACAAAAUGUGGUCUUAGACAACUUCAAUCGUCAUUAUUCAAAGAGUGCCGAAAGUCCAAAGUCGGAGUUCAUACGGCUUCUCCAGGCAUGGUGCUAACGGAUUUGCUCUUGAGUGGAUCGACUAUUCAGAAUAAGCAGAUGUUUAACAUUAUCUGCGAGUUACCCGAGACGGUUGCUAGAACAUUGGUACCACGGAUGAGGGUCGUAAAAGGAAGCGGAAAAGCGAUUAAUUACUUGACUCCUCCGAGAAUUUUACUUGCUUUGGUCACCGCAUGGUUAAGACGAGGCCGCUGGUUUGAUGACAAGGGAAGAGCAUUAUAUGCAGCAGAAGCGGAUCGGCUAAGAAACUGGGCCGAAAGCCGGGCUCGUUUUUCUUUCACGGACGCCAUGGAAAUGUACACCGAAAACACUUGGGUGUCCGUCUUUUCGCUUUCUGUGGUUUGUGCGUUCAUUAUCCUCUCUAGCACCACCGGCACGCUUCCGGGCACAUAGACAACUUUCAUCUUCUCUAAGUUCCAAAUGUAAUUACACAACAUUAUAAGAUCACACGAGUGUUGCACGGGGAUAACGGCAAUCAGUCGGGUUUUUCCGUUAAAGAAAUAGUUGGGUGUCUGUUCUUUUUCGUUCAUCGAUAUCUUUGGAUGGUUUGAUCCGCAAGGCACUACUACAGACGGGUUAACAGUAUCCGGUUAGAAUAGCAGAUAUCCGUUAAGAUGCUUAUCGAUUAAAUGUGUAUAGUUGUUAGAUCCUCAUUGCGAAUUCGAUGUCACAUAAAUUUAUUGUUAUUGUUGCUAUUGAUUCUAACUCAUAACGGGUGUCUUAUACUGGUAUUUAAGAUGUAAAGUUUUGAACAUU